AUUUUUCAGUUAUUUAAGAUUAAAGAUGAACCAAGAAAAAAGGUAUAUCUUGAUAGCAUCAUUAAACCUUUGUGUUUUCUGCUUCAUUCUGCAACUAGAUAAAUGUUUUGCUGUUGAUCCACAGUUUGUAGUAUGUAAUAAACCAGUAAAUUGUAGAUAUGGUCCAAGAAUAAGCUUUCCAUUUUAUAUAGAAGAUGUUCAAGAAUCUUAUUGUGGGUACCCUGGAUUUGGGCUAAAUUGUAGUGAACAAGGGUUUCCUGUUGUGCAUAUUACUGGAAAUGAGUAUAUAGUUGAAGAUAUAAAAUAUCAAGAUCAGACUUUUCAGCUUAAAAAUUCAGUCUUUAACAGCACUACAAGGAAUGGUUGUGUUUCUGAUAUCAAGAACGUGUCGCUCGAUAAUCGCCCUUUUCAGUUUGUUAAGAAAUCGAAAAUUUACUUGCUGUCAAAGUGUAAUGGAUCGAUAUCCCAGAAUCUUUCGACGCACAUGAUUGGUUUUGGUUGUAGUGGAGAAAAUGGGAAUGAUUGGGGUCUUGCAAUGUUUGCUGAGGAUGAGAGCUUUGAGUCUGCAUUACAAGUGUGUGAAAAACAUGUAAUGGCACCAGUAGAAAUGCUUGGAGAUGAGGGAAGUAAUCGAGAUGUUGACUAUCUAGUGCUUUUGAGAAGGGGGUUUAGAUUGAAAUGGACUGCUAUGAAUUGCAGUGAAUGUGCAGAAAGUGGAGGACAUUGCGGAUUUGAUGUUAACAAUUAUCAAUUCAAAUGUUUCUGCACUGACAGGCCUCAUGCUUUGAGUUGCCCACCUACAAAAGCAAAAAGUAACUUGGGACUGAUACUAGGCACAGUUUUCUCUUGCAUCGGAGUCGUGAUUUUGCUCUUCUGCUUGAGAAAAAAGAUUUUCUGGCACAGAAAUAUCAGGUUUUGGGAAUCUAUAGCUGAGGAUCAACGAAAUAUUGAAGCAUUUCUGAAGAACUCUGGGUCAUAUGCUCCAAAAAGAUACAGCUAUGCAGACAUCAAACGAAUCACCAGUCACUUUAAAAACAAACUAGGCCAAGGAGGAUUUGGUAAUGUAUACAGAGGAAGUUUGCGUAACGGGAGUCAAGUGGCAGUGAAGGUCCUGAAUGAACUAAAAGGCAGUGGUGAAGAUUUCAUUAAUGAGGUAGCAAGUAUUAGCAGGACAUCACAUGUUAACAUUGUGUGCCUUGUGGGAUUUUGUUUUGAGGGUCACAAAAGAGCUCUUAUUUAUGAAUUCAUGCCAAAUGGAUCUCUUGAAAAGUUUAUCUAUGAUGAAAGAUCUGACGGAGUUCGCCAAUUAGGCUGGCCAAUAUUAUAUGAAAUCUCACUAGGCAUUGCUCAAGGAUUGGAGUACUUGCACCGUGGCUGUAACACUCGGAUUUUGCAUUUUGAUAUAAAGCCUCAUAAUAUCCUACUAGAUGAGGAUUUUUGUCCAAAGAUCUCCGACUUUGGUCUUGCCAAACUAUGCAUAAAAAAGGAGAGUAUCGUGUCAAUGUUAGGUCCACGAGGGACUAUUGGUUAUAUUGCUCCAGAAAUUGUUUGCAGAAACUUGGGAGGUGUCUCGCACAAGUCUGAUGUCUAUAGCUAUGGAAUGAUGGUUCUAGAGAUGGUUGGAGGAAGAAAAAAUGUUGAUGUUGGAGUUGAUCGCACGAGUGAAAUCUACUUUCCACAUUGGCUUUAUCAACGACUUGAACUAGACGAAGAGCUUCAACUAGUCGGGAUAAUGAAUGAAGAGGAGAAUGAAUGUGCAAGAAAGAUGGUGAUAGCGAGUUUAUGGUGCAUACAGACUGAUCCAUCAAAUCGACCAUCGAUGAGCAAAGUUGUUGAAAUGUUAGAAGGGAAACUAGACUCUUUGCAAAUGCCUCCCAAGCCUUAUCUAUUUUCUCCCUCAAGUUCAGAGGUAGAUUCAUCAGUAGUAGAACUGGCCUAGCCUUUAUUUGCUGAUAUCUAAGC